AAACAAUAUUCAACAAAUAAAAUAUUUUUUUAAUUGACUGACAAUAUUGGAUUACAUCACAUAAAAUUGAUAAUUUAGUGGCCUAAGCUAUUAUCAGUUAAUUAAUUAUGCUAUUGUCCCUAUUUCAAUAUUAUUGGUUUAUUGUUUUAUCAAAUCAAACGCAUAUUGAUAUUUAAGUAGAAACAUUUCUCAACAUCUAAUUAGGCUUAGACAAAGAAGUUUCAACAUAAAAAAGUAGUUAGUAGCAGAUCCUUGCAGUCAUGAUGAUAAUUUAUUUUACAAUAGCUAUUAAUUUCUUGUCCCUCUUACAUUUUGGGGAACCACAGGCUUACAAGUACAAGCCCCAACCAACUCCCUACCAUGACUGGGAUUAUCUUAUAUUUUCCCAAAGAUGGCCUUUAACUGCAUGUACAGAAUGGGAAGAAGCUAAGAGUGGAAAUACUUGCAAUUUGCCUAAACCUAAGGAUUCAUGGACAAUUCAUGGAAUAUGGCCUACAAAAACAGGUCACGAGGGACCUCUUUACUGUCCCUCAGCCAUUCACUUUAACCCAGAAGAACUGACCACAAUGCUUAACGAUUUAAACAACUUUUGGACCAAUGUCGAAGCAAACACAAAACCAAACUCGUUCUGGGCACACGAAUGGAACAAACAUGGCACAUGCGCUUCAGUUCUACCUCAAUUCGAUAGUGUAACGAAUUACUUUAAGAUGGGCUUAAAAUUACGCUCACAGUAUGACCUAACUACGAUUUUAAACAAAGGGGGUGUUACACCUGGAAAUAAUGGCUACGAUGUUGCGUUGAUCUAUAGUGUUAUUAAAAAUGCGAUAAAUAAGGAGCCUAGUAUACAGUGCGUUAUAGAUAGGAAAACCAAGGAGUCCUAUAUUAACGAGAUUAGGAUAUGUUUUGAUAAGAAUUUAAAUCUUAUGGACUGCGAUCCAGCUUCUCCCAUCCAGCGCAUGCGCUAUGGACUAAACACGAACUGCAACCAAAAGAAACCGGUGCGAUACAUCGACAAUGUCCCCGUGCCCAACUUAAACUCCGAUAACUACAACAAGGAAAUCGAUAUAAAAAAAUACUACGACCAACAAGCGCGAUUCACCCGGCUCUACCAACUUUUCAGGACGAUAUUCUGGAUGACUAUAUAGGAAAACUAUUUAGAUACUAUCUUAGAGGUACUUAAUUAUUUAAAUUAUAUUUUUCGGUAAACAUUUUUGAGAAUAUUAAACUAAAAAGAAAGUGAACUGAUGUAGAUAGCUCUUUUGUAAAUACUUUGGUUGUUUUAAUGAUGCAAAAUGGUUAGUGUUUCUAUAGUUAAAUAAUAUCGGUUUAGCUAAGGGUCUUAAUGGCCUAAUUUCAUCUUAAGUUGUAUUAAAUCGUUAUAGUUUUUUUUGCGCCAUAUUUUAUGUUGAAACGUUGGAGAAAGUAACAGGAAUAAAUUGACUUACCGAGUUCAGAUUGAAAUCAUUUAUAGCUGUAUAUACAGGGUUAUCCAAAUUAAGUGUCCAUCGGUAAUUUUGUUAUUAAUGAAAAUACAAAGUUAAAUACAAUUUAAAUUUGCAAACUAGUAGUAUUUUUAACGCUGGUAAAAAUGAGAAAAAACAAAAAUCAAUUGAGAAUCGUAUUUUUGAAUUUUUCAGUAAAAUAACAUUUUUUUAAUAGAAACCCCUGUACAUUAUAUUUUUUUAGUUAAAACAUCAAAUUUUAAACAGAAAAAGUUUAUAAUGAUUUUUCUCCUAGGUUAUAAAUUAAUGAAAUUAUGACACCCAAACGGAAACAAUUAAAUUGUGUUUAUUUUUAACAUCAACUUAUAAUCUUACAAAAUAAAAUAACAAUUUUUUUUAAAGAAGAUGUUUGAAAACACCACCUUGUUCUUCAAUACAUUUUUGGGCACGUUUUUCAACUGCUCAAACUGUUUUAAGUAUGGUCCUACGAUCUAUUUGAGUUAUCUUUUCCCUAACUGCAACUUUUAAAGCGUCGACGUUACCGUACCUUCGCUUGUAAAUUUGGUUCUUUAAGUAACACCACAAGAAGUAAUCAAAUGGGGUUAGAUCUGGCGAUCUGGGAGGCCACAUCUUUCUAUCCACUAAUCAUUAAAAGUAGUACUUAGAAAAUGAUAAGUACCUCUAUAGUUAUGGGCAGGUGCGGCAUCUUGCUGAAUGAUGUCUACUUAUAAGAUCCAAUUCGCCUAAGAAAUUAUUUAAAAUUUCCGUCAUAAAUCCACAUAUCUUUCACCCCUUAGGGUGCCCUCAUAAAAGAAUAGGCCAACAAUUUUUGAACCAAUUAUACCGCACCAAACAUUAAAAUUGAAACGGACUUGUGCACCUCUGCCAUGAACUCUUGACCAAUAAUUGUGGUGUCUUCUAUUAAAAAUUCCAGAAUUUGAGAAAGUUGAUUCAUCUGUCCAUUAUAUCAAAAAACAAGUCUUUUCUCUGGAUCCCCUGCUAAAAGCGUUUGAACUGGUUAGUACUUAUAUGGAAUAAAUUUGUACUUUUGUAAAAUCCUUUGAACGGUACCAUAACUGAAAUUAGAGCUUCGAAAUAUCCAAUAACUGCAAUUUCCGUGGCCUCGCUUGGUAUGAAUUCUUGGAACAUAUCGUUUCUACGGUUGAAUGCGAGGGGUAUAUAAUUUAGUGUACAAUAAAUAAAUACUACACUAAAUAACAUUCUAACAUAUCACGUUGUUCUUCAUGAGAGAAAAUCAUUUUUCUUAAAAUUAAUAACUGACACAAUAAAGCAUGUAAUGCUUGACAUAUGAUUUUAUAAAAAAAAAACAGUUAUUUAUUUCCAACCCAAUUACAGGUAAGAAUAAAAACAAUUACCAAAAUAUGUAUAAAAAUGAAAAAUCAAAAUGCUUAACAUUCUAUAUACUUAAACAGACUAUAUAUAUACUACAUACUAGAAAGACUCUGCAUCACCUAUUUACUUUAUACCUUCUAUAAUGGACCUUAAACUGUCAACAAAAAUAUCGAACCGUUCAUGUGAAUUAUUAUUAAUAUAAUUCUGACACAUAUUAAUAGGGGAUUUAAACAAAAUAUUAGUCCUAGCGGGAUUUACAUAAAAUAAUCUAAAAUGCCUAGAGUUUAUUCUUGGUACCUACCCGAAAAUUUAAACCAGCCAAAAGGGUGGGACAGUCAAUCUUGUUAUGAAUAAGGUUAUAUAAGAAUUUUAUGGAAAGAAUUUCUCUUCUUUUUGCUAAGGGUAUAAUAUUAAAUUUAUUUAAGUGUAAUUGACUAUCCAAACCUCUGGCUGGAAAGACACUUUCCUCUCUAAGCCAGAGAUACUUCAUAAACUUGCGUUGAAUGCGCUUAAUAUCCUCUAUCAGGUAGCUAAUAAUAAAUUGGGUACCAAAUUAGAGAUCCGUAUUCUAUUUUUGAGCGUAUGUAAGUGAAGAAAAGUACUUUUAAAGUAUUAAUAUUUUCAAAGUGCCGACAGUUUCAAUAAAUAAACCCCAACAAUUUGGCAGAGUCAGAAACUAUUUUUGCUACAUGCUUGGCGAAACUUAAUUUCGCAUCAUAAGUAAUUCCCAGAUCAAUCGCCUCAUCCACUCUGGCUAACACAACAUUAUUUGCUCUAUAGUCAAAAUUGAUUGGCAACAGUUUUCUAGAAAAUGAGAGAAUAGAGCAUUAAUUAACAUUUAAAUAUAGUCUAUUGACAUUGCAGCAAUUCUCUACUUUAUUAAGAUUUACUUGAAGGAAUUCGCAAUCGUCUUCAGUAUCUAUUUUUGUGAACAAUUUUAUCAUCCGCAAACAGUAAACUCUGACAACACAGUUUAGACAGUAAUUUGGUAAAAUCGUUUAUAAACAAUAAAAAGACAAGCGGGCCCAAAUUAGAUCAUUGCGGAACUCCCGAGCACACUUCAUGUAUAGGAGACUUAAAGCCUUUAUAUUCAACAAACUGUUUACGACCUCGUAAGUAAGAUUUUAUUAAAGCAACUAAAUCCUUCGGAAAACCAAAAAAUGUUAGCUUAUGAAGAAGUACAAAGUGGUCAAUUUGGUCAAAAGCUUUGUAGAAAUCAAGGUAUAUUACAUCAACCUAACCUCUAUUAUCCAAAUGCUGACACAAAUACUCAUUUAGGCAAGCCAGGUUUACUGUACAGGACCGAUUUUUGACGAAAGCAAAUUGAUUAGGUGCUAUGUCUAAUUUGACAUGGGCAUAUAUUCUAUUAUAAAGAACUAUUUCAAAAAGUUUUGAGAAAUUACAUAAAAUCGAUAUAGCUCUGUAAUAUUCUUGCAGUCUUCCAUUUAUCGGGAAAUACUGUUCAAGACAAGAUAAGAUUAAAUAUGUGGGCAAUAGGCCGUUGGUACUCCAUCGGUACCGGAGAUCAACUUACUUUUUAAUUUAUUAGAGGCGGUGACAAUUUCAUCUUCCGAAAAAUUAUAAGAGCAAUUUAGAGAGUUGUUAAUAGUCUGGCCCGAUUCAAUACCAACAUUAAUACUAGAUGGGUCCAUUAUCAUUGUGUUCCAAAGCCUUCUAGUUGCGAGGAUGUCCAGUUUAGCAAUAUGUCGUCGCUUAUCUUAAUGCUAUCAAAUCGCGAAGGCCAUGUUGUUUUCAUAGCGAUCCUAAUAUUUUAAUACUGCAAAUGAUUAAAAAUAUUUAUCGUUUUUUUUUUGUUUAAAAUUUGCUGUUUUAACAAGAAAAAAUAUAAUAUACAGGGAUUUCCAUUUAAAAAAAUGUUAUUUUACUGAAAAACUCACAAGCACGAUUCUCCAUUCUUUUUUUUCAUCAUUUUCUCAUUUUUACCAGUGUUAAAAAUGCUACUAGUUUGCUAAUUUAAACAAUUUUGUAUUUUCACUAAUAACAGGGUGGACACUUAAUUUGGAUAACUCUGUAUAGAUUAAUUUUAUUUUUAUUCAUUUUUGAUUUACUGUAAUAAACCUACAUGAUAUUAAUUUAUGUCUAUUUCCAAUCAAGAACGCUUUAUGCUAAACGCUUUUUUUCUUUUUAUUAAAUUUUUUUUAGAUGUGGUAGUGGAUGUUUUUUUUGUUAUCCUUUUUCCUAUCUUAUCUGUACUUCUUUUUAUUUACAUUUUUUUGACCGAAUUCUUAGAAGUUAACCCUAGACGGCAUAACACGUGCCACCUUGUUGAAUAUAAUUUAAAUGCGAGAUUUAUGACUAAAACUUUUAUUUGCAAAUUAUGUUAGUUUUUUUUAUAAAUGGCGUAAAUUUAGAUGAAUAAUAUAUUAUGGACCAAACAAGUGUUUAUCCUAUUUUGCACCAUUAAAUGGAAUAUUCGUUUAAAAACAAAUAUGGGGUAGAUUCUCCUCCUUUUAUCUUUAUUGUGUAUACGAACUAGUAAAUUAUUAUUUAUUGAAAGGAGUCUGCCAAUACAACGAAUUGUUUUUUUACUGUAGAUGAAUUUGUAUAGCGUUAGAGUAAACUAAAAAAUCUCUAUUCUGACUCCCAUUUAUAUCACUUUAUGGUAUUUUUUUAGGGAUCUAUCCUGCUAUUUUUCUCUUGUAACUUUGAUAGAUAGAUAUUGUGUUGUAUAAUGUAACUAGUUGAUAAGCGAUAGGCUAGACUAUAUGAUGAAGUUUUACAGUGAAUCAGUAAACAUUUUUGACCAAUAUUUUCAAGCUAUACUAGUUUUUACUAUAAUAAGUCUCUCUCCUAACUUUUGAAUUAAAUUAAAAAAAUAUAUCUUUUGUGGAAAUUACUAUUGGAAACUUUCAAAAUGUGAUGAGAGCCAAAACAAUUUUAGUAACAAAGAAUUGCUAAUUUUAAAUAAAAAUUAUUAAACUAUUUGCCACCUGUAAGGAAGUAACUUAAUAAUUCUACCCACAAAGGCAUCGUAGAUUCUCCACCUAACAAAUAAAACGAGCUAUUUUUCAAUAUUAAAAAAGAUUUAUUUUCGUUCAAAAAAAAAUUAUUACCAUUUUACUUUUAAUAAUUAAUAAUAUUAAAACAUUACAUAGAAAUGCGACAAUGCACUUAGAACCAAAUAAUAAAUUACUAAACUUGCAAAAUAGAUAUUUAUAUAGAUAAAAUCACAAGCGGUUUUUUUAACAUGCGGCAAAAAACCCAAAUUUUCCGUUAUGGGCUCACGAUUUUGAUACGAUCAGUGUGGCCGUAGGUGCCAAACCUAGAAAAAUAAGAUAUAGAUAAUAUUAAUAAAACAAAUGUCAAUUAUU